AUGUUAAAACGGUUUUCUGAAGUCUUAACAGCACACAAGGUCGUACAACUUCGACAACUGGCGAUACAAAGUGGAAUAUUAUCAUCAGGAAACAAGAGUCAACUCGUACAACGUCUCGCUCACCAUUUUGAAUCAGAACCUGAGGACACUUGCGCCUCUGUUCUGUCAUUUGACUUAGGAUAUCGCAAUUUUGCCUUUUGUCAUAUAAACAAGGAUGCCGAAAUAGUUGACUGGGCCCUUGUUGAUUUUGACUUGCCGUCCUUCCAUCCUUCUGUUACCGCACCCGUCAUUCGACAAUUCAUUAAAGAUCGAAUUCAGGACCACUUAAAGGUCGCUGAUAAAGUUUUGAUAGAACAACAGCGAGCACGUUCAAAUGGCUCCAUAAGUAUUUUAGAACCUAUCUUACGGGUCAAUUCAAUUGAAGCUAUUUUGUGGGGAGGAUUAUACGAAGCGACUGAAAGAAUCAAUCGUCCACAACUUACGAUGAAACCCGUUCUUGGACAAGCUGUCAACUCCCUUUGGCAACCAGAAUUAGAUCAGGUUAUUGCAAAUAAUCCCGAACGUUUCAAUAAGAUAAAAGAAGGGUAUUACCACAAGAAGCAAGUUAGCACUUUGCUAGUUCAGUAUUGGCUUGAUACCAACACCGUCAUUAAAUCGAUUGCUUAA